AUGAGUAAAAACACGCUAGAAGGGACGCUACGGCUGCACGAGGGGAAGAAAGACGACAGAAGCAACAGCUAUGAACGACAGCGAGGCGGCGGCGACACUGAGCCGCUGGAGCUGAGGAGGAGACGGCGUGAAGAAGGUUGUAGACUACACGAGAUUGAGAGGAAGAUGAAAAGAGUUGGGAUCUCUAAGUAUGGCAAUAUCCACACAUAUAGAAAUGAAAUAUUGACUAACGAUCAUAGACAAGCUUCUAGUUGGGUUCUCGGUCAUUUAAUUUCGUCGAAGUUUGAAGAUAUUAGUCGUUCAUAUAAACCGAAGGACAUUGUGAAGGAUAUAAAACAAGAGUAUGGUGUGAGUUUAAGUUAUGACAAGGUAUGGAGGGUAAGGGAAGAAGCGUUAGUGCUUGUUUGGGGGUCACCAAAAGAAUCGUAUAAGAAGUUAUCUAAAUUUGGUGAAGCCUUACAAAUUGAAAAUUCUGGUUCAGCAUUUAAAUAUGAUCUACAGGAAGAUAAAUAUUUCAAGCACGUCUUUAUGGCUCUUAAUGCUUCCAUUAGGGGGUUUCUAAACUGCAUUCGCCCUAUUUUAAUUGUAGGUGGAACACAUUUAAGGGGUAAAUAUAGUGGUAAACUCCUGCUUGCAACUGGGGUCGAUGGAAAUAAUCAAAUAUACCCAGUCACAUUCGGUAUAUCUAGUGGAGAAACUAAUGAAUCUUGGGUGUGGUUCCUUCAGCAAUUAAUAUGUGCAAUUGGACAAGUUCAUGAUGUGGUUAUCGUAUCAGAUAGACACCCUAGCAUAAAAAAGGUAAUUAUCACAGUCUUCCCAGAAGCAUUUCAUGGUAUCUGCAUCCAUCACUUGAAAGCUAAUUUAUUAGUUAAUUUUAAGAAUAAAGAUAUUUUGGAUAUUUUCGACAAAGCAGCCAAGGCAAGUCGUGAGUUUGUGUUCAAGUACCAUUAG